GUAUCACCCAACUAGGCCAAAAUGUGAUAGGCAUGGGCGAACUGGCCACCAAUUUUCAGCCGUGUCACACGGUGAUCAAAUUUUUGACAGCAUGAUAAAAUUUUCUUUUUGCGCCCUGAAUUUCAGACCUUUUUUUCUCUGGGUGACUGUGCCAACAUGACGACGAAUAGUUAUGAGGAAGAGCGCAGGCGGCGCAUUGCGGAAAAUCAGUCACUGUUACUGAGCUUGGGGCUGGCACCUGACAUGACGAAGCAGGACUUGGAAAAACCAAAACGUAUUAUCAAGCCAACGAAACCAGUCAUUAAAGCUCGUACACUUCGGCGAUCACCAAGAAGCCGUAAAGGUGGACCUGUAAGGUACAUUCCCCCGUCACUACCACCACCCUGGAAACCACGACAUCGUCCUGGUGAAGGCAACCAUUCUUGCCAUCAGUGCAGAAAUAUUGGUCACGGUAUGCGCAAGGUUAUAUGCAAGGGGGUCAAGAGUAACGGACACGACUGCAAUCGGUUGUUUCAUUUGUCUUGCUUACGACAUUACGGUGACAAUACAAUGACCAAAGAAGAAGAAAAAGACUGGAUCUGCCCUCAAUGUCGAGGGAUCUGUGUUUGUUCUUUUUGUCGAAGAAAAAGAAACUUUGAAAUGUUUUCACAUCCGUACGAUCCACAGCCAACCUCCUCUCGAGUUCUCAGAGAGAAACGAACCACCUCUAAUACGUCACAAACAUCGCAACCGCAAAGAAUAUCCCUACAGUCGCUCACCCAGCCAAAGAUCAUCAUUGAAAUGGAUGAUCGAUGGCAUGCUUACGCGUCGCAGACUAAAGAUUUAGGAAUUGCUACUCAUUAAACAACCAGUUUCAUCAUCCACACCAAUAAAAGAAUUGCAUUUUUUUCAUACAAG